AAUAUGUGCCGAGCUGAGUAAUUGCUGAUUAUAUUUCAGUUGCGUUUCGUCGGUUUACGUCUAACUCGCACUGUUAUAAACUUAAUUAAAACAUGUACAAGACAAUAGUUGUAAUCUUCUUGGUGCUGCAUGUCGUUUACGGAGGACCAGAAGAAGAGGAAGGUGUAAAAUACGCAAAUAAAUGCGAAGUGUGCAAAGUUCUCGCAACGGAGCUCGAGGCUCGAUUGGAGGAAACAGGAAAGUCUCGAGAUGUUUUGGAAAUAGGUUACUCGGUAGACGAUGUGGCUCCAAAGAAGAAGAAAGAAUAUAAGAAAUCAGAGCUGAGACUGGUUGAAUCUCUCGAAGGAAUAUGCGAAAGAAUACUCGAAUACAAUAUUCAUAAGGAGAGGGAAGACAGCACCAGGUUUUCUAAGGGAAUGAGUCAAACCUUCAAAACUCUGCAUGGUUUAGUGGACAAAGGUGUAAAGGUUGACUUGGGUAUACCAUAUGAACUUUGGGACAAGCCAUCAGUAGAGAUAACUACGCUAAAAACUCAGUGUGAGUCUCUGCUGGAAAAUCAUGAAGCAGACAUUGAAGAAUGGUACUUUGAACAUCAAGGAAUUAUUCCGUUGAGCCGAUAUCUGUGUUCCGAUCGGGCAUUAAAAGGGCAAGAUGACACUUGCUUAAAAGAAAAGGGUGAAACUGGGCGACCUAAAAUUGAACAAAAAAAAAAUAAGAAGAGUUCUGGUAAAAACAAUAAAGAAAAUGAAAACAGACCAAAGAAUGAGAAAGAAGAAUUAUAAUAAUACUUGCAAAUAGAUAGCUGUAAAUAACAAUACUCUUACCAAAACGUUCUCUGAAGAAUAUCUUGUAUCAAUAAUUACACAUCCAUUCUAAACGAAGUUGGAGUUGAUAUGAAUAUAACAAUGCAUUUUUAAGAAAACGCGUCAUUUCACAACUUUAGUAUUGUGUGAAAUUCAGCGCUCAUAAUGCAGCAUUAAGAAAUUCAUAUUUCCCAAUUCAACCCCUUCAGAAUUGAUCCAAAGCUCUCAUAAAGAAGAAACUAUAAUUAUUUGUAACGGUGACGUUACUAACUUUAACCGCAUUAUUAUAAAAUAUCGAUUUUA